CAUUACUCAGAUUUUAUUCAUUCAAAGCUGUACAAACAUAUCAUGCAACCUGGUUGCAGCUGCCUCUUCUUUUGCCCAUGACUGAAUAUCUUCCCUGCCCGCAUGCAUGCUACUACGCAGCGCUGCGCUUACUAAGCGCAGUAGCUAAGAUCUUAAGGUUUAGACAAAGACAGGAUGCCGUCAGUGACUCGGUACAAGCUGUUGAGCACAGCUGACUCCACGGUCAAAGGAUUGCAUAGUCCUGGCAUUAUAAAUCCAGCAUCAUUGCAGGAAACAUCAGGAGCUAAGCAGCGGCUAAGCUGCUCACUCGUUAAGUUCUUUCGUAGGCAACACAAUUAAGGGCAGAGCAGCCGACUUCAUUGCAGCAAUAUAUUGCUGUACAGAUUGAAGUCAGGUCGAAACCAGCUAAGCUGCCCCAGAACUCGUGGGCAUCACAACCGCGGGCACAGCGCCCGAGGCAGGCAGCUGUGGCGAUACAUUGAUGCUUCGCAGCGACCCCUGCUGCAUGUGCUGUGGCGAGGGCUGCCGUUGAUGUGGCGUUAAGCUGGCAUGCAUUUGCUGCUGAUGUGGCGACGGCUGGCGCUGAUGUGGCAGCCCGAACGGCUGCUGCGGCACCCAGUGACUGACUGCCGGGUCCAUGGACAGAAAUUGCGCCAGCGGGAAGGAAGCAGCCGGGAGCUUCUCGAAAGCUUCCUGCAGCGCCUGAGCUGAUGCCUGCCCAGAGC